AACACACUCGAUUAAGCAUUUUAUAGUAGAAAAGGUUACAUUUUGAUCCUUAGCUAUUAUCUUUUGCGAUCAUGGAUUUUUCACAGUACUCUUCAAUCCAAUCGCAAGUCGAUAAGAUUAAGGAGAUGUUCUCAAGUACUUGUGAUCCCUACCCGUUCAUUUCUCCUUCUGCUUAUGACACUGCAUGGUUAGCCAUGAUACCUGAUCCACAUCAACCUCUGCAACCUAUGUUCAAGAGUUGCUUGGAGUGGGUGCUUUACAACCAGAAAGCAGAAGGGUUUUGGGGAGAGUGUGAUGCCCAUGGCAUGCCCACCAUUGAGUGCCUUCCUGCAACCCUUGCUUGCAUAGUUGCGCUCAAAAAGUGGAAUAUUGCCUCGGGAUCAUGUAUUGAAAAAGGGUUGGCCUUCAUCCAUGCAAACACGGAGAAGUUCGUCAGGGAAAUCAACCACCACUGUCCUCGUUGGUUUGCCAUUGUUUUUCCUGCAAUGGUUGAACUUGCAAAUACAGUACUAAGAGUAGAUCAGCUUGUCUUCCUUCAUAGCUCGGAAGGAAUGAUGUCAGAAUUAUUCAAUAAACGGCAACAGAUUCUUGAACAGGAGAAAGUUGUGGACAAGUGCCAAAAUCCCCCAUUAUUAGCAUAUCUUGAAGCACUGCCUGCAUCUUACGAAAUUGAUCAAGACGAGAUAAUUAAGUACUUGAUGAUCAGCAAUGAUGGCUCAUUAUUUCAAUCCCCCUCUGCCACCGCAAGUGCAUUUAUGAUUACGGGAAACAAACAGUGCAGGACUUAUUUACUGUCACUUGUUCAAAGAUGUGAUAAUGGAGUUCCGCCGACAUAUCCCAUGGAUGAAGAUCUCAUGAACCUUUGCAUGGUCAACCAGUUACAAAGGCUGGGCCUGGCUGAGCAUUUUGUCCAGGAGACAGAAAAAGUUUUGGCAAAAGUUUACAGGAAUUACUUGAAUAAAAAAUCCCAGCCAAAACCAAGAAAUUCGGUUGCAGCACAGAUAUUCAGAGACUCUCUAGCAUUCCGGCUCCUGAGGAUGCAUGGGUAUGGUGUAUCGUCGGAUAGCUUUUGUUGGUUCUUGCAUCAUAAAGAUAUUCGAGAUCAAAUAGAAAACAACCAUGAAUACUUUUCAAGUUCGAUGCUUAAUGUUUAUAGAGCUACAGAUCUUAUGUUUUCUGCGGAACAAGAUCUCCAGGAGGCUAGAUCAUUUUCAAAAGAUCUACUUGAGACAAUCGUAUCAGUGGGAACUAGAGACCAAACUCAUGAUAUUGUUACGUCGACACUCAACUUGAGGAGAGUGAUUGAGCACGAGUUAAGUAUUCCAUGGUUUGCUCGACUGGAUCACAUGGAAUAUAGGAUGUGGAUUGAGGAAAAUGACUCCAACUUUCUCUGGAUGGGUAAAGCUUCUUCCCAUAGGUUGUCAUACCCUUAUAAUGAUGAACUACUGGGUCUUGCCAAGCAAAACUUUGAGUUUAGGCAAUCAAUAUACAAGAAUGAACUCGAGGAACUGAAAAGGUGGUCCAAGGACAUGGGUCUCAGUGAUAUGGGAUUUGGCCGAGAGAAAACUACCUAUUGUUAUUUUGCAGUUGCUGCCAGCAGUUCUUUGCCUCAUGAUUCCAGCAUUCGAAUGAUGGUCGCAAAGAGUGCAAUAGUUAUUACAGUGGCCGAUGAUUUCUAUGACAUGGAAGGUUCUCUAAUUGAGUUGCAAGGUCUCACCAACGCAGUUCAAAGAUGGGACGCUAGGGGCUUGAGUGGCCAUAGUAAAGUUAUAUUUGAUGCCCUUGAUAAUCUCGUGACUGAGAUUGCAGCAAAAUAUUUUCAACAAGAAGGACGUGACAUAACUUGCAAGCUCCGAGAUAUGUGGUAUGAAACGUUUUUUUCAUGGUUUACGGAAUCCAUGUGGGGUAAAAACGGAUGCAUACCUUCAAUGGAUGAGUAUCUUGAAACUGGCAUGAUCUCAAUAGCCAUACACGUCAUACUUCUUCAAGCUUCAUGGUUCCUGAACCCAAGUUUAUCAAAUUCCAAACCCAGGCCAGCCCCAUACGAGAACAUUACAAAACUACUCAUGUUAAUCGCUCGUUUGUUGAAUGACACACAGAGCUACCAGAAGGAAAAAGAGGAAGGGACAGUAAACUUUGUUUUACUCUACUUGAAAGAAAACCCAGAGGCGGACAUUGAAGAGUCAAUUGCUUUUGUGAGAAACAUUUUGGAUAACAUGCAGAAAGAGUUGCUUCAACAUGUUCUUUUAGAUGGAUUAAGUGAUUUGCCCAAACAAUGCAAGUAUCUCCAUCUAUCGUGUUUGAAGGUAUUUCAGAUGUUCUUCAACUCUACCAAUCGAUACGACUCCAACACAGAAAUGCUUCAAGACAUCAGCAAAGCAAUCUAUAUUCCUGUUGAAGUUGGAAACAAAAAGCCUCUAAAACCUCCCAUGAAGACGGUGCCACUUUUCUCUGGAGCAAAGAUGAAUGAAAAUACGAAAACCAGCAAUGUUCUCUUCAACCGACCCUCCAAGCAUCACAUGAGGAGAAGUACUACUUUAUCAACACAGAGGGUCUCUUGGCCUGCUUCAAGCGAUCAUGGACAUGGGAAAAUGUUUAUGCCACCAAAAGUUAGAUUUUGUUUCACUUAAUUAGUGAUGUGUUUCCGGUAUUAGUACUGACGUUUGCUAUAUCUCUUUCGCUUUGCCAGUUCCUAUAUAUCCUAUUAUAUGGUAAUAAAGUCGACAUCGACUAUG